AUGCAUCCAUCAGGCAAAGGCAGCAGGCUGUGUGGACUCCCAGAUAGUAACAGACUCCGGGGUGGAUCCAUCCUCAGUCAGCAGAUCCACGGAGUCCCUGAUUUCACAGGAUCAGCUUACAACACAUUAGCUAACAGCAUUUUAGCUUACAGCACAUCAGCUAACAGCAUAUUAGCUAACAGCAUAUUUGCUAACAGAACAUUAGCUAACAGCAUAUUAGCGUACAACACAUUAGCUAACAGCAUUUUAGCUUACAACACAUUAGCUAACAGCAUAUUGGCUAACAGCAUAUUAGCUUACAGCACAUUAGCUAACAGCAUAUUAGCUUACAGAACAUUUUCUAACAGCAUAUUAGCUAACAGCAUAUUAGCUUACAGCACAUUAGCUAACAGCAUAUUAGCUUACAACACAUUAGCUAACAGCAUUUUAGCUAAAACUACAUUUGCUAACAGCAUAUUAGCUUACAGAACAUUUGCUAACAGCAUAUUAGCUAACAGCAUAUUAGCUUACAACACAUUAGCUAACAGCAUUUUAGCUAACACUACAUUUGCUAACAGCAUAUUAGCUAACAACAUAUUAGCUAACAGCACAUUUGCUAACAGCAUAUUAGCUUACAGCAUAUUAGCUAACAGCAUAUUAGCUUACAGAACAUUUUCUAACAGCAUAUUAGCUAACAGCACAUUUGCUAACAGCACAUUAGCUAACACCAUUUUAGCUUACAACAUAUUAGCUAACAGCAUAUUAGCCUACAGCACAUUAGCUAACAGCAUUUUAGCUAACACUACAUUUGCUAACAGCAUAUUAGCUAACAGCACAUUAGCUAACACCAUUUUAGCCUACAACACAUUAGCUAACAGCAUAUUAGCUAACACUACAUUUGCUAACAGCAUAUUAGCUAACAGCAUAUUUGCUAACACUACAUUAGCUAACAGCAUAUUGGCUAACAGCAUAUUAGCUUACAGCAUAUUAGCUUACAGAACAUUUGCUAACAGCAUAUUACCUAACAGCAUAUUAGCUUAUAACAUAUUAGCUAACAGCACAUUAGCUAACAGCACAUUUGCUAACAGCAUAUUGGCUAACAGCAUAUUAGCUUACAGCAUAUUAGCUUACAGCACAUUAGCUAACAGCAUAUUACCUAACAGCACAUUAGCUUACAGCACACUACAUUAGCUAACAGCAUAUUAGCUAAUAGCACAUUUGCUAACAGCACAUUAGCUAACACCAUUUUAGGCUACAACACAUUAGCUAACAGCAUAUUAGCUAACAGCACAUUUGCUAACAGCAUAUUAGCUAACAGCAUAUUAGCUUACAACACACUAGCUAACAGCACGUUAGCUAACAGUACAUUUGCUGACAGCAUAUUAGCUUACAGUACAUUAGCUAACAGCAUUUUAGCUAACAACAUAUUAGCUUACAGCAUUUUAGCUUACAGCACAUCAGCUAACAGCAUAUUUGCUAACAGCAUAUUAGCUUACAGCACAUCAGCUAACAGCAUAUUUGCUAACAGCAUAUUAGCUUACAGCACAUUAGCUAACAGCAUAUUAGCUUACAACAUAUUAGCUAACAGCAUAUUAGCUAACACUACAUUUGCUAACAGCAUAUUAGCUAACAGCACAUUUGCUAACAGCAUAUUAACUAACAGCAUAUUAGCUUACAGCAUUUUAGCUUACAACACAUUAGCUUACAACAUAUUAGCUAACAGCAUUUUAGCUUACAACACAUUAGCUAACAGCAUAUUAGCUAACAGCAUAUUAGCUAAUAGCAUAUUAGCUUACAGUACAUUAGCUAACAGCAUAUUAGCUAACAGCACAUUAGCUAACAGCAUAUUAGCUAACAGCAUAUUAUCUUACAGCACAUUAGCUAACAGCAUUUUAGCUUGAUGUUGCACGCAGGUUUAUCUUCAGUAUGUUUCACCUGAGCUCAUAUUUGAGCUGCUGUGUGUGAAUGAAUCACUCUGCUGCUCAGACGUCUGUUUAUUCUGAGAUUCCUACGACACGUUGCUCCUGGUGAGGUCUGGUUUUUGAUGCUCGUCCUUUCUUGUGCUGCUGGAGGAAGAACUUGAGAUCAGUGAAAUCUCUGUGCUGCUGUGUCCAGACCACAUAGCCAGUGUUUCUGUCACUGGGCCUUUUCACAGUCCCAGUGAAAGAACUGGUUCCAUCGAAGUGCAGCCCAGAGGAGCAGUUAAGAUGCUCCUCCUCUUUCACUUUCUGAGCUCCUUUCUUUUUCUGUCUGAAAACAUGUUUGCAUCAAACGUGUCACAGCGGCACAAACACUGCUGCUGACAGGAGGCCUGCUGUGACUCUGCUGUGUCAGACUGAGGGUCCACACUCUGGCUGUCGCCUUACUAAAGAAGAUGUCCUGAUCACUGGUGGUCAGUCUGAUAACUUUCAUGGCUGACUGAGAGACACGGCUCCCAUCACUCCUCUGUCUGCUGUCUGUCUCAGCAGAAACACCAUUUAACCCCAAACCAUGGAUUUAAUCAGCGCUCAAGUUGCUGUUUGUCAGAAUUCUUUUACAUUUUUGGAGAUUUUUUUAACCUCCACCUUCCUGUAUCACUGGAUAUUUAGGGUUAAAAUAAUGCCUGAAAAAAUGUUCUGGUUUGUUUUAUCUGUCGGUUUGUGCCAGGUGGGUGGAGCCUGUGUGAUGGGGGACGUUUCAGAUGCAGCAGAGCAUUUUAAAGUGAAGGUUUAGAGGUUUCUCUGGAAGCUUCAUGGGAGCCCAAAUACCUCAGUUUAUCCUGGCAGUGGUUUUUUUGUUUUGUUUAUUUAUUAGCAUUUAUAACGUUCCUGUUUCCGAUUUCCUGACGUCCAGCACAGCCAACAUCAACAGAAUGUGGUUCAUUCAUGGAAUGAUGCUGACGCUGCACAACAGGCUGCUCAGUUUUUCCCAUCAAAGGUGAUCACAUGAUCGAGUUAGUUUAUAUGUCCAAGUGCAAAAACCUCUGCAGAUGUAUGAAACAGUCCUGCAGUAAAUCCUGCACCAUGCAGGCUGUGAUCAGUGCUUCUCCUGAUAAACAGCAUCACACAGCCUGGUGUUUCUAUUAUUUUGUCCUUUCACGCCACAGUAGAAAAACAGCAGCUGGUUGUCAGGGGUUGUGUGUGGAGGCGUGGAAGAGAUGACCCAAACGCAGGACUCACGGUGCAGAAAUGAUGAGGGUUUAUUGGAGCGGCUGAAUGAACAAAGCAGGAACGGUAGGACUGACUAGCUGACUGAAAGACUGAGUGGCUGAAUAACUGAGCACUAACGGGAACGACAACAUAACAUCAACGACACGACAAAGACCAGGAGAGAGCUGAGGACUUAAGUAUACUGGCUGAAUAAUGACUGAUAGGUGAGUGAACAGCUGAACAUAAUGAACUCAUGAUAAAUGGGAAGAGGACUGAACAUAAUGCACACAGACCAAGGUUAACACAAUAAAACAGGAAGUGGAACAGGCAGUAGAUAAAGAGUGAACGUGAACUGAAAAUAACCCUGAUACUGGUGUGAUGCAGGAACUCAGCCAGAUGAGGAUCCAUCAGAGUUGAACACAGACAGCAUCAUUAACAGCACAAGUGUUACACUAAAUCACAUCGAUCUUGCCCAAACUGUGCAAAUUCACUUUUAUUCUGAUUACCUCCAGUUACACGAAGCUCCAACAGCUCAGUCUGUACUUACACUAAUGAGGGGCCCCACAAAAAACUCUGAGGCAACGACUGAUAACACGCUGUCAGCCCACCAAUCAGAGAGCAGCAGAAAGCAGGUCUCAAACUCAAACUAACACCUUAAUAACUACACACACAGACACAGACAGUGUGUCCUUCCAUAACCCCGGCUGGCCUUUUUACUGGCAGAUUUCUUUAUUCUAUGUAUUGAUCACAUUUUUUAACCAUAUCAAUUUAAUAAUAGUAAUAUCACUUUGUCACUUAUGUUAGCUUCACAAAUGGGCCUCAUGCUCUAUCACACACAAACACACACACACACACACACACACACACACACACACACAGUGGGGCCAUUGUAGUAAGUGGGAGACAUGCAUGUGAAGGACCAUAAUCUUGCUUAUCUUGGGAAGCAGAUGUGGGAUGUAAAUCUCCAGGAUGAGCUGAGCUCCGGGUGACUUUGUGACACAGCCUGGUCUUCAUGUGUGUGUGUGCACGGUCUGAGGAGCUCUCAAGCUUUUCAUAGAGGACACACACACUGAUGCAGGAACAGAUGGAUGCACAUGAAAGCUUCACACACUCCUGAUGAGUGAGGACACACACACUCACAACAUGAGCAGCGAGCAGGCUUUAAAUGCUCAGUGUGAAGAAGUUUCCACACUUACCUUAAUAUCAUCAAGCAGCCUUCUUCUUCUACUGGUUCCCACAGUUCCCAGUGUUAAUAAAUGCACAGCCACAUGUGCUCUCUGUCAUCACCUACAGAUCUGAGAUCAGUAGCUUGUCCACUGUAGGCUUUAUCUUUUCCAUGUAACUGUGCUGCUUCACAGAGAGGGAGAACUGCAGCGCUUUGUUUGCUUGUGAACAAUAUGUGCAUGUUAAAUAUGAACAGCUGCUCCAGCAUGUGUUAGUGUGACAGACUGAAAUGUUGCUCCUUUUAAAGCUUCUGCAGGAACUUCAUUUGAACAGGCAGGAAUUAGUUGUUCAAUAAAGGCAUGAAUUGGACCUUAAAGGUGGCCAAUCGAUACCAACGCUGGUAUUGGUGUCGGAUCAAUACUAGUGUGAUGGGACUGAGACUUUGUUUCUAUGCUCUAAGUUCAUUAUACAGACACUGGACUGUGUUACAUCAAUAUUUUGGGGGAAAACAAAGUAGGUCAAACAUGCACAAUGAAAACUGUCUGAAGCUUUUGGUGUGACUAUCACACCUAUUUUAUUUGUAGCCUGCAGCACAUUGUGUUUUACUGAGACGCACAUUUAUAUUCAAGGUGUCCAAAAAAGCUCAAAGCUGUGUUUUUAUUGUGUUAACUAAUUAUUGCAGAAUGUGAACAUCACAGUGAUUUAGUGUCAUUAAAAUGUGUUCAGAACAUU